UUCUUAGUCUCACUUUGGUUUCGAUUUCUAUAGAGAUGGCUAUCGUCAAUCGAUUCUCAUCUUUCUCUGCUUCUCAUUCAUCAUUCCGGUCUAGAAAACCCAGAGAUGUUAAUCUGCAGCAACCCUCUUGCUCCUUGUCCUACACACCUCCCUCCUCCUCCUCCUCCCCUUCUCCUUUCACAGAAAAACACUCUAUGGAGAGAUAUCAAAGAGAUAGGUGGUUAUACAAUGACCCAUCUCUCAAUGCUUCUUGUUCUCUCCCAUUUGAUCCGAAUUCAAGUUCCAUUAGAGAGAACGAUAUAGCUCUGCAAUUACCCGAGUUGAAGAAGCUGCUUCAGAUUUUGAGGGAGAAACGAGAGAAUGAAGGGUCCGACGGAGGGAAUAGAAGGCUUGGCAAUGUGUUCUUGAUUGGGACUGGUCCGGGAGAUCCUGAACUCUUGACGCUGAAGGCUUUUAAAGUAAUUAAAAGUGCUGAUCUUUUGUUGUACGAUCGGUUGGUGUCGAAUGAUUUGUUGAAUAUGGUGCGACCAGAAGCCAGGCUUCUUUAUGUUGGCAAGACUGCUGGUUACCAUAGCCGUACUCAGGAGGAGAUCCAUGAGUUGCUUCUGAGUUUUGCGGAAGUUGGUGCUACUGUUGUAAGGCUAAAAGGAGGGGAUCCAUUGGUGUUUGGGAGGGGUGGAGAGGAGAUGGAUUUCUUGCAACAACAAGGGAUUCAAGUCAAGGUUAUUCCAGGCAUUACUGCAGCUUCAGGGAUUGCAGCAGAAUUGGGAAUUCCAUUGACCCACCGGGGUGUUGCAAAUAGUGUUAGAUUUCUGACAGGGCACUCAAGGAAAGGAGGAACAGAUCCUCUGUAUGUGGCAGAGCAUGCAGCGGAUCCUGAUUCAACCUUGGUUAUUUACAUGGGCUUGUCCACCCUCCCAUCUCUUGCUCUGAAGCUGAUGCAUCACGGUCUACCACCUGAUACACCAGCUGCUGCAAUAGAACGAGGGACUACCCCUCAGCAACGGGUGGUAUUUGCAGAACUUAAGGAUCUCAUCGAUGAAGUUACUUCUGCAAACUUGGUUUCACCAACACUUAUCAUCAUUGGGAAGGUUGUGGCACUCUCACCGUUCUGGCCUCAGUGUUCUAAAGAAGCAGCCGUUUUGGUGGAGUCUCAGUAGUCAAGUGAAGAGACCCAAGGAAAAGGAAUGAGUGUAUUCAUGUUUGAAACAUGGCUCUAACUGAGCCUUUCUAAGUGUCGCGCACUCCUACUCUCGAUGGAUGAACAAUCAGUGUGGGUACUCGUACUUUGUGGAAGCACAUUGAUCUGGUUGUCUUCUAACUGUUUAUAUUAGAGCUGAGUGGAACUGCUAUUACAGUUAGAAUUGGACAUGGUCUGGUAUUUUGGUUACUGUCAUCAAGUGGCCUAUUAUCCAUGUUGCCUGACUUGCCUCCACUAUAUGGAAGAAGGAACCUCAUCAAUUCCAUUGAUAUAUGG